UGCAAGGCUGCGUAGAUCUCUAUCACCCGUUGGAUGCAAGCAACGCUUCUUGGAACCAGAAAUCUUUAAGGGGUAUCUGAGCUUGGAAGCUAAUCUCUGUUUUCCUGUGCUUUCCCCUGCUUUAGGUGAACGACUUAUCCACCAAACCAGCAAAUCGCGAGCAGCACUGGAAUAAAGACGAGAUGCUAAAUCAGUUUUUGGGCAAGCAGUCAAACAGCUCCUCUGCCAAUGUCUCUCCGCUCCUCAACCCAUCCUUAUCUGCAAUCAACUCAAAUCUUUCUCCGGUGUCUUCCACAGGGUCGGAGAUUGAUCAGAUCCCGGGCGGCAGCGAGUUCCCCAUUUUAACGACCAGCAAGUUUACUCUUUCAUUGAAACUCCUAGAUAAAAUUCUUUAUCUGAGAUCAGAUGAUUCCGGCUCCACGGUGACCCCGCUCCGUGGGUACCUAUGCAUCUACGUCAAAAAGCCGGCAAGGAUAUCUCACAUCCGAUUGCAAUUUGAAGGAUUAUUAAAUGUGAAGUAUUUCCCGCAGUACAUGGCACCGGACCCAAAUUCACUCUUUGUUGCGAACAAGCCAGUUCCUGUUUUCAGCCAGUCCAGGUCUUGGCAAUACAAACAGAAUGACAAGGUGCUAGACACAGACUACUUUCCAAAAGGUUCUUUUGCUUACCCUUUCCAGUUUCUCAUCCCUAACAACGUUCCCGAAACGAUGUCAAACGUGUUCGGAUCAACCGCUUACUCGAUUACAGUUACUGUAAAUUAUAUUCCGAACUCUUUCACAAAAUCUCUCAUUCCGCAGACCAAGGUCACACAACCUCUACCGAUCCAGUUGGUCCAAUGUGAUAGUGAUUCAUGCGCAGUCUCUACGACCUCUUCUGACGCACUAUCCCUAGGCAGAUGGAGGAAUUUGUUGUACUAUAAAAUAGCGGUUUCUAAUAGACAAGUUGCCAUAGGAGGUUCUCUCAAAUUUUACAUCAAAGUUUUACCUAUAGACCCCACCGGCUAUAAGCUCAACUCCAUCAAGGUAUACCUGGAUCAAGUUACAGAAUAUCAUAUUGCUGACCGGCUUACGGAGGAGGAAAAAUCAAUGUACCAUUCAAAUUUGGCAAACACUGAGCGAAUACUAUUGGAAGAAAUCAAUAUUGACUUCUUGGAAAAUGGCAUUCAAUGCUGGGAAUUCGAUACUCCUUUGAGAAAGGUACACAAGAAACACAACGUCAAGGAUAAAAAUUCAAAAAGAGAAGUGGUUCUUGUGCCAACUACCAAUCAAGUGGAGAAUCGGGUAUGCCAUUUUAGUGUUACUCACAAAAUCAAGGUUUCCAUCUCAGUUGAGGAGAUUUCUGAGCUGGAUGAUAACUCUAGUAUUGAUAUAUCCGAUUUGGUAAGUUCAUUUAGCAUGAGAACUCGAUCUCAAAGCAUAGAUAAAACUUUAUCCAACACUAGAGCAGAGAAGGCCGACAACGUAAUGAUUAAACAACUGGCAAAACUACUGCUGGAGCCAGAAACUAAAAAAUCCAAGGUUGAGCUUAUUCUUGAAGCUGAAGUUGCCAUUUUGAAAGGUGAGAGUGUUGAUGGUAAGAUGCCUCCUCCGACUUAUUGGGAUGCGCAACAACAAAAACAGAAGGCAAGCGAUUUUGCAGUAGUCCCCUCCAAAGUUUUCUCUCUUCUGGAUGCUAAGAAACUGAGACAAAGACCUCAACUCAAUUUCAUUGUUCCUCCUGCCUAUGAAGAAAUCGAAGAAGAGUCAGAACCCCCACCAUACAUCAGUAAUAUGUAACCAGUAUCAUCCCGUAUAGCACCUUUACUAAAAAAUGUUUAUCAUUAAUGUACAAAAUUUCAAUCGUUAGAGUUUCGCAAGAAAUCUCAGUUUAUAAAGUUAUCCAUGAAUCCAAGUAUACAUGGGAACUAGAAUUAUUAUUGUCUCCAUUCUCGUCGUUCAGCAUUGUGUCAAGAACCCUAUAGUUGUCAUUUACGCUGAAAAUCUCGCCAUCAAGUGGUGCAUAUAUAUCUUCUCCUUCUACUUUACCACCACCAGCCUCGAGGACACUUUGCCAUGUGGCUCUGUAAGAGCCUCCAUUAUUUUCGAUUUUCUCGUCAAACUCUAAAACAUCGCACAAUGACUUCACAUCAGAUAGGGUCAACUCCACCGUAGUGAUUCCUGAGCUAACAAUGAAUUCAUUGAUUUCCUUGAGAGUUGGUAAA